CAGUGAGAAAGUUGGCGAUGACUUCAAAGAGAUGGAAAAGAAGGUGGAUGUUACCAGUCAGGCCAUGGCAGAGGUACUGGUCAGAACCAUCGAGUACCUGCAGCCCAACCCAGCCUCAUGGGCUAAGCUGACGAUGCUGAACACUAUAUCGAAGAUCCGGGGCCAAGUGAAUUACCCUGGCUACCCACAGUCAGAGGGGCUGGUGGGCGAAUGCAUGGUCCGCCACGGCAAGGAACUGGGCGGAGAGUCCAAUUUUGGUGAUGCCCUGCUGGAUGCAGGCGAGUCCAUGAAGCGCCUGGCUGAGGUGAAGGACUCACUGGACAUCGAAGUUAAACAGAAUUUCAUCGACCCACUGCAGAAUUUGUGUGAAGAUCUGAAAGAGAUCCAGCACCACCUGAAGAAACUGGAGGGCCGCCGCCUGGACUUUGACUACAAGAAGAAACGACAGGGCAAGAUUCCUGAUGCGGAGAUGCGGCAGGCCCUGGAGAAGUUUGAGGAGUCCAAGGAGGUGGCAGAGACCAGCAUGCACAACCUCCUGGAGACUGAUAUUGAGCAGGUGAGUCAGCUCUCAGCCCUGGUGGAUGCCCAGCUGGACUACCAUCGGCAGGCAGUGCAGAUCCUGGAGGAGCUGGCAGACAAGCUGAAGCAUCGGGUGCCAGAAGCCUCCUCACGCCCCAGGUUCAAGCCCCGGUUGCGGGAGCUCUUCGACCUUGGAGAGCCAGAGCAGCUCAAUGGGGGAUUCCCCUUCGCCCCAGCACCCAAGAUCACAGCUUCCUCGUCAUUGAGAUCAGCAGACAAGCCCACCAGAACCCCCAGCAGGAGUAUGCCACCCCUGGACCAGCCAAGCUGCAAGGCACUAUAUCACUUUGAGCCUGAGAAUGACGGUGAGCUGGGCUGCUGCGAGGGCGACCUCAUCACACUCACCAACCAGAUCGAUGAGAACUGGUACAAGAGGAUGCUGCAUGGUCAGUCGGGCUUCUUCCUGCUCAGCUAUGUGCAGGUGCUGGUGCCCCUGCCUCAGUGA